AUGAUUCAACACAUCAAGAAAAUAGAGCAAGAUACAUCUGAAAAUGAUAGAGAAAACCUAAUAAUAGAGGAUAAAUCUUUAAGUAACCCCAAGGAUUACCACUGCCAGACUCAAGGACAACCAGACGCAGGAAACAUAUCCAAACUAUAUGAAAAAGACCCCCCAAAGAAAGAAGAACGGGAGAAGUCUUUAAACACUGAGGUUGUGUGUUCCAAGAGUGGCGGAAGAAAAUAUAUUACAAUACGAAAUAUCCCACUUGGCGCAGACCCCAAAAAACUUAGAACAGCAUUCAGUAAAAGCUUUCCUGUUGUAUCAAUGGGUGUAGUGAAAGUCAACAACAUGGGCUCCAUUCUGUUACAUCUUCAACCUAGAAAGGAUGAUAAUGUUGAGCUUCUUUAUCGAGUUAUGAAGGCCAACGAAGAUCUCCUAAAUUAG